UUGGAUAUGGAUACCACGCUGAACUGAAAAUAUCUCUGUGGGAUACCAUCACCAAGACCUCAAGAUAUUCUCUAUCCUCCAUUGUGAAAUGUUGGUGAUUUGGAUUUGUUGCGAAUGUUGGAGAAUGAGUGAUGCCUACAAAAUUGAGCUGCGAUUUAAAUGAGGUAUGAUAAUGUCGGGGAAACACAUCCUUGAUCAGGGUGUUGUAUUUUUAAGAGACAAUUUACAACUUCGUGCGGAGCCAAGAAAAGGAAUAAAGUCAGUCGUUUUGAAUCGUAUUUAUGUAACAGGAUUUGGUGGUGCGGUAAAAGAAGAGGAACUGAUCAGAACCUUCAAAGCCCACGGAAGAGUUUUAUAUGCAAAUAUAGUUGGUGGAUCAGCGCCAAAACGAUACGGAUUCGUAACAUUUGAUCAAGAAAGGGACGUCACACGUUUGUUGCAACAAGUACAAUGGGGAGGUCUGAAGAUAUAUAUAAAUGAUGAUGAACUCAAAGUGCACAUUGCCUGGUAUGGCCCAAAACAUGGAAGCAAAGGACGGCAAAGUCACAGCAAAUUUAACAAAAGUGCGAAUCCGCAAGUUUACUACGGCGGUGAUUUCUUCGUUCCACCAACACCUCCGACCUUACCACCUUACGAUUCUUACAUGAACCAUUAUCUUCCACACCCUUUCGAUAUCAGCAAAAUACAAUAUAUUGCCCCACCAGCAGUGAUGCAUAAUGGAACAGUAUAUUUUCAUGACCCAAUGACAACAUCCGGCAUGUUUCAACAUCCGCAACAAGUGCCUUGGCAGCAAUGCAAUUACUGUCCUAACGACGAACCAUACUAUUGGUGGCAUGAAUAGUGCACACACGGGAGAUCGUGUUAUUCGAUUAUUAUACGUUUGCAUUACUUUUUUUGGAUCAUGUCAACCAAUCAAAUCAUGUCCUUUGCUGAUUUUUUUUAUAUGAACUUGUGGAUGUGGACGCACUACU